AUGGCCGCAGAGACCGCGAAUACCAAUGCCCCGCAAGACAAUGCCACUGGAUGUGCCGCCCCGUUGAAGCUCAACCUCGCGCGGAGGAUCUACUUCGCGUGUCUCAUCGGGAUACACUCGACCAUGCUCGGUCUCGAGGGUUAUAACCUGUACAGCACGGUGAACGAGUCGCCUGCUAGUGCCACCGUCGAGGGCAAGACCGAGUGGGACCUCUGUGCCCCGCUCGGCGCCUGGUCCGUCUCUUGGCGUUUCGUCCUCAAUGUCUGCGGUAUCGCAUUCGCCAUGGCCACUCUCUUCGGCGGUAGUAACCGCAUCCGCGUCCGCAUCGUCGCCCACUCGAUGCUCCUCUACGCCGCCUGGUUCAUGACCGGCCCCUUCCUUCUUUACUCCUACGCCGCCGAGUGCGCGGUGGAGGCCCCGGGCCUCUUCAAGGCCGCGCUCGCGAACUAUGUCAUGUUCACUUUCUACGCCUUGUGCAUGAUGGUCCUGUUCAUGUUCGCCGCUUUCAAGGGCCUCCGUAAGGCCCGCGCUCAGAUCAAGGCGCGCAAGGCGGCCGCCAAGGCUGCCCAAGAGGCUGCCCAGCUCACGAACGAGAAGCCUCCCGUCUAUGUGAUCCCCGAGGGCCAGCUCGUGGACGUCAAGGCCGAGGAGCUCGUCUAG